AUGCCCAGGAAUGGUUGGCCAUACUUGACUGAGCUCUUCAACAGCACCUUUAGUGCAUCCCUGUCCGUUGCUGAGUUUAAAAAGUUGGCGUCCCAUAAAACUGCUGCUCCGAGGGGGAGGACCAGUCAAUCGGCGACUGGAGGCCCCCCGUGCAGUGUAGAGCACGAGCACCAGAGUUGUGAUUUAUCACUACUCAAGCAUGUGUAUGAGGUAUUCUCUCGGAAUCUCUCUGCCUUUUUGUCUGUCCCCCUAGCGGACCGCAGAGUGACCCGGAAGAUACCUGCGUGUAAGGUCAGAGGUGGAGUACUGACUGGUAUCAACAGGGCAAUUGCUCACCAUUUGUUGAGUAAGCGGCCAGAGUCUCUAGAGGAGAUUUCCCUCCUUUUGUAUGUGGCUCAAGUUACCUACGAGGAAUUGACGGUUAAGCCCAGACAACCUAGUAAGUGGAAGGACAACAUCGCUGCAAAGAUUUCUUUGCGCGAGGUAGAGCUGGAAGCACUGAUUGGGCACAUUUCGAAUGUGGGAAACGGGGUCAAAGGCAAGACUCCCCCCUUGGUGCGUACCGUACUUCACCGACACAGGGCCGCUAAGUGGGACCUGAAUGAAGUCGUUAGGGCAAAGAAUGAGGUAGAAGAGUCUAUUCUUGUUUACAAGAAGAAACUCUCUACCUAUGAAUCGAGGUGUAAACAUAAUCGAGAGAACAACCUGUUUGAGUUUAAUCGCAGGAUGUUUUAUCGUCGUUUACACGAUGAUGGGGUGAAGGAGGGUAGCCAGCAAGACUUGGAGAUGUUAGCCACAUGGGUGAGUAUGUGGAAAGUCCGACCUCGCAAAGGAAAAGUGGACUUUAGCCUAGAGUCCACCAGACCCUUGAUGACCGAGUCUUGCGGUGUCUUUGACAUUCGCAAGAAGUUCGAUGAGGCAGUUUUACGCCUUCCAGAUUGGAAAACUACCGGGAUUGAUAAAGUAUUUAAUUUCUUUAUAAAACGCUGUACCUCAUUGCACGAUUGUAUGUUUAAUAUAAUCGAGAAGUGUAUAGCGUCCCCGGAUAGUAUCCCAAGCUGGUUGUGCACUGGUGUUACUUAUUUGAUACCAAAAGUGCUUUGUCCAGCGUCUCCGGCAGAUUAUCGCCCGAUAACCUGCAUGCCCACCUUAUACAAGCUGAUGACCAAGUUGGUGGCUAAUGAGGUCAGAGGAUUUGUUGAGGUUAAUGGCAUUCUAUCCGAGAAUCAGCUCGGAACUGUGAGGAAUUGCCAGGGAGCAAAGGAGCAGGCAUUGAUCAACAGGUGUCUUUCUAACGCUUACGGAAACUCACUUAUGUCUAUGUGGGUGGAUGUUAAGAAGGCAUUUGACUCCGUUGAUCAUGCAUAUCUCAUCGAAUGUUUACACAAGCUGUGUCUGCCUGUGUGGUUCAUUAGUUUUGUUAAAGCUGUGAUGAGUAUGUUGAGUGUUCAUCUCAAGUAUAACAAACACACAAUCGGUGAGGUAAAACUGGAGAGAGGGAUUUUACAAGGAGAUAGCAUGUCGCCGCUACUCUUUGUGCUCUGUCUCGAACCAUUGAGUAGGCUCCUCAAUGGAAGACACGAACAAUUGUCAAUAACUCAUGAGGGACGUUUGUUUAACACGAACCACCUUGUGUUUAUUGACGACAUUAAAUUGUUCGCUCGGUCCUCAAACCAACUCCGCUCUAUGGGAGAAUGUGUGAACGAAUUCCUGGGGAAAAUAGGAUUGCAACUUAAUUUUUCUACGGCGGCGACUAACUCGCAAUUAUGUGGCGAUCUGGUCAAGGUCUUGGAAGAUCACGAGGGAUAUAAGUACCUCGGGAUCACUGAAAGCCCCAAAUCGCUCAUACUCCCAGAAACCAAGAUCCAAAUAAUAGAGGGAGUUCGGAAGCGGGCAGCAAUGUUAUGCAAAACUUAUUUAAAUGCAAGGAAUUUAUUCCAUGCGUUGAAUGAAUAUGCAAUAUCAUUGCUUAACUAUUAUGUAGGUAUUGUGGAGUUUGAGCCACAGGAGUACGAUGAUAUGGAUUGUAUAAUCCGUAGAGUACUGAGGGAAAACCAUGUCCAUGUGCUGGCAGCCAACAAGGAGAGGCUAUAUCUACCACGUGCUCAAUUCGGAAGGGGGCUUUGUGGAGUGGCCCAUUUAAGUGAGCGUAUUCUCCUAAAGAUGCAUGACCACCUGGUGUCUGGUGCUAGUGUAUCAGAUAGGAUGUACGCAAUCUUGCAAACGGAAAAGGCACGAACUAGUCACCUUGGAACCAUAAAGGCCUAUUUGUUGGCUAAGUAG